UUGCUGCAGUGAUCUCUGUUUGCAGCAUCCCAAGAGCAGCCUCUGUUGUGUGAAAUACAAGAAAGGGCAAGACAGCGGGAGUGGAUCCAAGGGGGCAAUCGAAGAACUGGCUGGGAAUCUCUUGGGGGCUGCCAGGAUAGGGUUACUUUGGUGUGUGGAGUCCUUCUUCAGUGAAGAUGGCUGUUAUGUCAAUGUAAACAGCCAAUGCAAUACCUGCAUUGCUAAAGGGGGAAACAGAAGAGGUUGAGGAGGAGGAGGGGCUGACACUGGAGCAAAUGUUGCCUCUUCCAAUGAAAUAUUACUGCCUUUAGCUAGCCUCAGCCUGCCGCAGUCCACCUCUGAACAUGCAUGUUGGUUGUUAAGGUCUUAUGGCAGAAGCACCAUUAAUACCUCAGCAGACCCGAAAGCAGCUGGAGGACUCCUUAAUUGAUCAUGAGAAACAUUAGAAACUGAGACUAAGAUCAGACUUAGACUUAAAACACAUCCUUUAGUUGAAACACUUACAUCUGACCAUGGCUGUAAAUGCGGCUAAGACAACUGCAAGUUUUCUCUCCACAACUGCCACAACUACCACGGUCCCCCUGCUCUCAAUGAGUCCAGGAGCCAGAGAAAACAUCACCUCGACAACAUUAUUGACUGUUACCAUAACAACAAAUGAGACCAGCUUCAACGCCACCACAUUUCCAGAUGUGGUGAUUGAGGGCUCGGGUGUUGGGAUGUUGCUUGUACCUCUUGGCAUCAUCACUGUCAUUGGUUUAGCUGUGGUAAUUAUGCUGUACGUUCGGAAACGGAAACGGUUGGAGAAGUUGAGACAUCAGCUCAUGCCCAUGUACAACUUUGACCCGGCUGAAGAACAGGAUGAUCUGCUGGAACAGGAACUACUGGAUCAUGGCCGGGAAGGCAGCCUCGCAGGUCCUAAUGCCAAGACUCUCACAACCUCCCAGGGGACAACACAGCGACCCAGUCGUCUGGUCUUCACAGAUGUAGCCAAAGCUCUCAACGCCUAACAGCCCUCUUCCAUUAGCUGAUCUCAGCUUGUGAGGGCUGUUGGCCUCAUCCAGGCUGUUGCUCAGGAAGGAAAAGAAAGGGAAAUGGACUGUUUUAGAGUGCAGAUGGGGCACUGACGAAUGUUUUCAUCCCAGCAUGUGAAACACAGCAGUGGUUUAAAUGUGACAAAAAACAGAGGUCUCUUGUAUAACACAGGAGCACAACACUUAGGAUUUUGCACUGUAAUCAUUUGGUGCACAAAUGAAGUCUGGCGCACUUUUUUUUAAGAAUAUGUGUCAUUGCUGUUUAAAUGGUUAGUAGCUUGUCAGUGAAGUUCUCUCGAGCUUCAGUGUUGUUUCUCAUGAUUCAUAAGAGACUAUAUUUCUAUGUGAUAGUGAUUUUGUGAUCUUAUGUUUUUGACAAGCUUCAACGUUGGAUGUGUUACCAUCCUAAAGUGACGUUUUCUCUCCCAUGUUUCUUCACAGUUGAUAAAUGAAACAUAUUGUUUUCGUCUGUAUACAUUAAAAUUGAUAAACCCCAGAUUGAAAAAAUGCUGUACAA